UCCAAACCUCUCACCUCAUUCUACCCCUCCUCCUCAACCAAAGAUGCCUUUCACCACUGCCGUCCGCGAGACCUUCCAGAGCUCCUCUCCUGCCCUCGGGUUCUGGCUCACUCUUCCCAGCGCAGGUUUAGUGAAAACCAUUCUCCAUGGGCCUUCCGGUCUCGAUUCGCGAUUCACUUGGGUCUUGGUGGAUGCAGAGCAUGGAUUGAUUACCGAUCGUGAUUAUUAUGAGCUCUGCAACGCAAUUGGCUCCGAAGGCGCCAGCCCGAUCGUCCGCGUCCCCUUCGCAGAAGAGUGGAUGAUUAAACGCGCCCUCGACGCGGGGGCGCACGGAAUCGUGACGCCUAUGUGCCAUUCUGCUGCCGACGCCACCAAAAUAGUCCGCGCAAGCAAAUACCCCCCUCUCGGAACGCGAGGCUACGGCCCGAUGUUCGCCCCGCACGCGUUCCCCGGCGUCGCUGCUGGAGAAGAGUACGACGAGGGCAGCCAGCACGCAGUCACGGUGAUCGUGCAGAUUGAGUCUCGGGCCGGCGUGGAGAACGUGGAGGAGAUUGCUGCCGUGGAGGGUAUCGAUGUGCUCUUCAUUGGGCCGUUUGAUCUCUCGAAGAAUAUGGGGGUUGUUCGUGGCGGACAGGAGCAUGAGGCGGCCAUCCAGCGCGUGUUGAAGGCUACGCAUGACGCGGGGAAGAAGGCUGCGAUUUUCUGUACGGACGGGAAUGAUGCAAAGGAACGCAUUCGUCAGGGAUUUGAUAUGGUUUCAGUUAAUACGGAUGUCGGUGUGAUCAGGAAUGGGAUGCUGGGGGAGUUGAGGGUUGCUGUCGGGGGCAGCGCGAAGGGCGCUUCGUCUGGUGGUGGAUACUAGUAAGCAGACAGAUGAGACACGCACCAUAAGCUAGAUCCUGCUGGAGUAUGCAUGUACAUAACGGAUAAAGGGCGACUGAGCCUUUCAAGCCAUCAGAC